UUGAUGUGUUGAGUUUGUGCAGCACAUUUCAGGUCCUCUAGCAUGUGUAUCUGUUUGUCACAAUGAUCCUCAAGAAACUCUUCCAAUAAAAGACUCAUAGUAACAAAAAAAGAGGAAGAGGAAGAGGAAGAACAGAGAAGUGAUGGACUCGACAGAAGAGAACUUCUGUUCAGCCGCAGAGGUGAACGGUGCGUUUGCCGCACGAUGUACUGAGGAAGUACUUCUUCCUUUCUUCACAGAUGAGAGUCUGCAGGCCGCCAUGGACUUCCGACUCGCUCCCACCUCCCCCAGCUCUGCUCCUGCUCUCCCAGAACUUAGAGUGAUCCUUCUGGGCAGGAAAGGAGCUGGCAAGAGUGCUGCUGGGAACACGAUACUGGGAGGUGCAGGAGGGUUUGAGAGCGGUAAGCCCACAGAGGAGUGUGUGAAAAGGAAAGCCGAAGUUGUGGGGAGAAAAGUCACGGUUGUGGACACACCUGGAUGGGAGUGGUACUACCCGCUGAACAGCACCCCUAACUGGGUCAGGAGGGAAACGUUAAGGAGCGUGACCCUUUGCCCUCCUGGCCCUCAUGCUGUGCUGCUGGUUGUUCGAUCCUGUGCUUCCAUCACAGAUUUCUACAUCCAGGAGAUUGAGGAGCACCUGGAACCUCUGGAAAAAGACGUGUGGGGACAUACCUUGGUACUGUUCACCAGAGGGGAUGAACUGGGUCUGGGAACGAUGGAGCAGAGGAUCCUCACUAGUGGAUCAGGGCUCCAAAGGCUCCUCCAGAAGUGUGGCAACAGAUACCAUGUUGUUAAUAACUACAACAAAGGAGAUGAGGCACAAGUUAAAGAGCUGAUACGGAAGCUGGAGGUGAUGGUGGACGGACAGAAGGACAAGAAGACUCAUCUGGAGUUGGACCAUACUGUUCUGUUGGGUCUGGAGGCAGAAGGGAAGAGGAGAGCGAGGGAGAGGAGGAAGAAACAAAGGCAGAUGGAGGCGCAGAUGCAGAGAGGAACCAUCAAAGCUGCUCUCAUGAGUGAAGGACCCCAGGGCUCUGAACUCGAUGCACACCAGUCGUUCUUCAAGGCUCCUCGGCAGCUACCUGAAGUCCGACUGGUUCUCCUGGGUGAGCGUGAAACUGGAAAGAGCUCUGCAGGGAACAUCAUCCUUGGAGAAAAAGGCUUCUUCCACGCUGGAGCAGUGACAGAGGAGUGCAUUCGUCAGCAAGCGGAGGUGGCCAUGAGACUGGUGACUGUGGUGGACACACCAGGAUGGGAGGCAGGAGUGGCUGGAGCAACACCAGAACGGGUGAAAAGGGAGAUCAUGUGCAGCGUGGCAUUGUGCCCACCUGGGCCUCAUGCCCUGCUGCUAACUCUGAGGGUUGACACCCUGGUGAGGGCCGGACAUGUGAAGGAACAUCUGGAGCUUCUGGGAGAGGGCGUGUGGAGACACACCAUCUUACUCUUCACCCAUGGUGAUCAGCUGCGAGAGGGCGUGGGCAUCCAGCAGCUUAUCCAGAGUGGAGGCAGGGAUCUGCAGGGGCUGCUGGAGAAGUGCAGGGGGAGGUACCAUGUGAUCGGCAGUGGAGAUGGAGGAGGAAGAGGCAGUGAAGCCUCUGCAACGGUGACAGAGCUGUUGGAGAAAGUUGAAAAGAUGGCGACGAUGAACAGGUGUGAAGCUUUCUCCGGUCUGGUUCAAGAAGUCAGGGAUCUGAGUCGGCAGAGGAACGAAAAGUUCAACCAGCGCAUGAAGGAGAUUGGAGACAAGAUGUCUCGUCAGGAGACGGAGCUGAAGAAAAUGAGGGAGAGAGAGGUGAAGAGCAUCAGGUGGUUCUUUGAUCGAAAGAAGAAAGUGAAGUCACCUGGGAAAACUGAUGUUCAAAGAGAUGAGGAGGAAGAUGAGGACAGGAGGGUGGGUGAAAUGAGGAAUGACAUGGGUGACCUGGAGGAGAGGAUGAGGUGGCUGACCGAGGACAGAGAGAGGGAAGUUCAGGAUCUGAAUUUAGAAAACGAGAGAAUUCGGAUCACACUAAAGCAGAGUCAACAAGAGAUGCACGACGUGGAGCUGAAGGUGGAGCGAAAAGAGAGAGAGAUCGAGGAGCUGAAAGAGAGAACAGAAGAACAGCAGCUGAAGCUUCUGGAUCUGGAACGUUCCUGUGUGGAAUUUGAACAUGAGAAGAGACAGAGGGAGGAUUUUAUAAAAACACAAACACAAGAGUGGACGAAGGAACUGGUGAGGAGGGAGGAAAGGAUAGAUCUGCUCAGGAACGAGAAAGAAACUCUAAAUGCAGAAAUGGAACAAGUUAAAAGACUCUAUGAAGAGAUGGUUGUUAGAAAAGAAGCAGAUAAAAACAAGGAGAUGGAGGAACGGGAAGGAAAACUAAAGAGAGACAUGCUGGAAAAAGAGAAACAACAGGAAGAAAUGCUAAAGAAAGAAAAGCUGGAGGCUCUCAGAAGCAUAAAAGAACUGAAACUGAAACAUGAGAAAGAAAUGCAGGAGAAAGAAGGAGAGAUCAAAGGCAUUAAGCUGCAGCAUCAAGAAGAGAUGGUCAGAAAAACAUCUGAGAUAGAAACAAUCAGGCAGACAAUGAAAGCUCAGCAGGAAGAAGCUGAAAAGGUGUUCAAAAGAAAUGCAGAUGAGAUUGAACGGAUCAGGCUAAAGCAUGAGCAGGAAGUAAAGGACAUGCAGCAGAAACAACAGAAACAGACAGAAGAAUUAAAAGAGGAGUUUGCAAGAGAAAAAAAUGAGCAGAUGCGAACAAAAAGGAGAGAACUUGAUGAUCUGAAACAAAAAUAUUUAUGUGAAAUAGAAGCUAUGGUGGUGAAAAAUGAAAAAGACACAGAGAGGAUUCAGCUAAAUCACAGAAAAGAGCUCGGACGACAGAACCAAGAGAAAGAAAAGGCAAUGGAGGCUUUAAAAGCAAAACAUCAGGAGGAAAUAGAGAAAAAUAUGGAGACUAUCAAAGUUCAGAAGCUAGAAACGGACAUGAAGUUAAAAGAAAAUUCUGAACAUUUAAAACAGAUGAAACUAAAGCAUGAGGAGGAAGUAAAGAACCUGCAGCGUGAACACCAAAAACAGAUAGAUGAAGAAACAGAGAAGUUUUUAAAAGAGAAAAAUGAACAAAUGCAAGCAAAAAAGAUAGAAAUGGGAGAACUCGAGCAGACGUAUCUGAAUCUAAUCCAGGAAAAAAUGCUUGAAAGUGAAAAACACAAAACAACAAUUCAUCUUAAUCACCAAAAAGACAGAGAGGAGCUGAAUCACGAGAAAGAAAAGACGACGGAGGCCUUAAAGCUGAAACAUCAGGAAGAGAUAGAAAGAAAAAUGAAUGACAUGACAAAAACAAUGGAGGCUCUUAAAGCUGGCCACAAGCAGGAAGUUGGUAGCAUCGUCAAACAGAAGGAAGAAGACAUCAAAAAAGUCCGACAGGAAUACACCGACCGAGUGAAACACUUAGAGAGAGAAAGAGAAGCGCUGAAACAGGAUCUGGCCCGAGAACUCCAACAACAACACCAGGAAGGACAACGACAGAUGAGAGAGUUACAACAAAAACUCACCGCUCAAAUGGAAGAGAUGAAAACAAGCAUGACGCGAGAAAAGGUGGAACUAAAAUGUCAGUUUAAGGAAGAAAUAGAACACAGGGAAAGAGAGAGAGAAGGAGACAAGAAGGAGAUGAAGGAAAGGAUAGAGGGAAAGGAGAAACUGAUGGAGGAGAUGAAGGAAACAAUGCGGCAAAAGGAAGAAGACGAGAAACGUCUGAUAGAUGAGCUUAAAGCAAAAGAGCAACAGCUGAUAGAAAAGCAAAGAGAGAUAGAGGACAUGAGAUUAAAAAUGAAAGGAAAGAUGGAGGAGUUACAGGAAAAGGAAGAACGGGAACUUGUUUUUCUGGACUAUAAAAAAGACACGGAGAAAAAACUGCAGGAAAAAGAAAGAAAUAUGGAAGAAAUGAAAGAACAACUUGAAGGACUGGAGCAAGAGCUGCUGCAGACGAGAAAGGAAAAGGAGAGAAUCGACUUCAACCACAAAGAGCAGAUGCUGCUAAGUCUAGAAAAACACAGUCGCACCAUAGAGACGUUAAAGCACCACAUAAAGGACGUGGAAGCGGUGCUGCAGAGGAAAGAGGAGCGAGGGAUGAUUAUUCUCAGCCAAAAGAAAGAAGCAGAGCGGCGACUGCAAGACAUGGAGCGGAAGAUGGAUGAGAUGAGGCGACAGCUGCUGAAGGACUUGGAGGAAAAGGAAACGGAGAUCGAAAGUGUUAAACAGCAGGCCGGCGCCGCGGAGGUGAGAUGGAGAGAGGAGCUGAGGAAAAAAGAGGAAAAGGAAACAACUGAAAUUAAUAAACUUUUAGAAACUAUUGAAAAGAAAACCAAAGAAUUACAGAAAGCACAACGUCUUCUCAGUCAGAGAGACAGAGAGGUCGAGGAGACUAAAACGCUGAGUGCAAACUUCCUAAAAGACAUCGAGGAGCUCAGGGAACGCAACGGAAAGCAACAUGUGACUAUUGUUGAGCUGCAGCAGCGCCAUUUAGAGCAGGAGAGGAAAACCGAGGCGGCGAUGAAGGAAAAGCUUCAGCAGAAAGAGGAAGAGCUUGAGCGUCUGCAGAUAAACGACGAAGAGAACGAGAAGGAGAUCGUCCAUCUGAGGCUGACCAUCGAGCAAACUAAGUCUGAGCUGAAGGAGCUCACGGAGAAAAUGGAAAAGGAGACGACGAGCAUGAUUCAGGGAUAUGAGAAGGAGCUGGAACGGAAAAACGAGACCAUCAAGACAAUCGCAAAGGAGAAAGACAAUCGUAUUCAUCGACUGGAGGAAGAACGUCGAACCGUUGCAGAAAAGUACAAAGAAAGUCAAAAGAUGGUCGAGGAGCUGAGAGAGCGAGACGAGAAGAUGAGAAGUAGGGCUGAAGAGACACAGGAGAGUGAGGACAAAGUGAGAAAAUAUCUACAGGAAUGUGAAGAAAGAGUAAAAAGUCUCAAAGUUGUCAUCAAAGAGCGAGAUUUAGAAUUAAAAAUGCUUAAGGAGGUCAAAGAGAAACUUCUAACGGAGGUAGAAGGUUUCAAAGUUAAAGAGAAACAACACAACGAGCAGAUGAUCGAGGAUGAAGAAACUCUAAGCAGAAAGGAAGAAGAGUUGAGUAAACGUAGAGACAACCUUGAUGCCAAAGAGCAAGAACUUGUUGAAACUGAGAUGAAGCUGGAGAGUAAGGAACGGGAGAUACAGAAACUACAAACAACUCUAGAGGUGAGGCUGAAAGAGCACGAGGAAGAAAAGGAUAAGCAAGAGCGAGAUUUGACUCAGAGAAAGCUGAGCAUUGAGAAGAAAGAGAAGGAGCUGGACGCCAUUUUUGGAGUUCUGGAAGGCAAACAGAAAGAACUGAGCUGUCAUGGUGAAGAUCUGCAGAAGAAGGUGAAAGGCCUGAAGCACCAAGGCAGGGAGCUGAAGGACCGAGAGUGCCACUUGAAGAACGAAGAGCAGGAGUUGCUCAGCCUGAAGUCGGAGCUGCUGAUGCAGAACGAGCACGUUAGCUGCACAACGCAGGAGUUGGACAAGAUGCGGAGACGCUUGGUUUUUCUCAAAGAGGAACUCCUCACCAAAGAGAAGAAACUCAAGGAGUCUAUCAAAAAAAUGAACAAAUGGGAGCUGAAUCUGAAGGAGCGAGAGGAAGAGUUAGACAAAAGGGAGCAGAGGCCUGGUGCUUUUGGAACAACUGAGGUCCAUCCUUCAGCAGCUGUGGAAGACGGCGUGGCUGUGAUGUACCAAGAGGUCAGUGAGAGGGCGGAAACAGGAAACAGAUCAGAACGAGAAGACAAUGGCGAUCGGGAGAUGAAAACAGGAUUAUCAGCUGCUGAGGGCAUCAACUGUCACCUCAAAGAAACACCUGAGCCCGAAGAAAACCUGGAGACAAGAGCAGAGAUCAGCAAGUUCAGGUGGACGUCUCCGAGCCCUGCGUCAUCCAAUAACAAAGACAUGAAGUUGGGAGUAAUUAUGUUGGGGGAGACGUGGUCUUCUCGCUCACCAGCUGGCAUCACCAUUUUAGGUGCAGAAGCGUCCAAAACCAACAGAUCCAGCUUCAGAACCUGGGAAGGUCAGAUAGCUGGUAGGCGUCUCUCUGUGGUGGAACCUCUGGGUCUGAGGUGGCGAGACGGACCCGAUCUAGCCAACAUGUCACAGCAGAAGAACAUUCUAGACAGCUUCUCCUGGUGCCGCCCAGGCCCUCAGGUCGUCCUGCUGCUCAUCCCCGUCUUCCUGACCUGCACGCAGAAGUACAGGAGAGCUGCGGAGGAGCACGUGGGUUUGCUCGGGGAAGACGUUUGGCGGCGCACGCUGGUGCUGUUCACAUGGGGGGAUACUUUAGGAGAGAGCGCAGAGCAGCACAUCCUAAGGAACGGGGAACUGGCGCGGCUUGUAGAGAGAUGCGGGGGAAGGUAUCAUGUGAUGACGAGCAAAAAGGACAACGCAGUCAUCGAAGGACUGUUUGAGAAGAUGGAAGACAUUGUUACUCUGAAAGGCCGAUGAGACAUAGGACCUGUUUUUUAUUUGUUUAGUUGAAGGUGUUUUAACUAAUCCAACACAUGUAUGAACGUUCUUCAGACAGUAAGUGUUGCUGGUGUGAAAUAAGUGGAAACUAGCAUUUUGGUGUCAUAUCAGGCAUUAAGUUGCUGAUAAACAUUGUGCACCUUUUCAUGUGAAAUCUUAAAUUUGAGGUACGGCAGCUUCUUGUAAGGUUGCAGGUUCAACCUGAGCAUUUCUUACCUCAUGUUUCCUGCAAGGCUUUUUUUUAAAAAAGGUUCUUAUGUCAAUAAAACAAUCUGACUAGGUAAAAUAUCAGUGUAUGGUUUACUUCAGGACAUGAGGUAGAAGAUUUUACAUCUACAUGUUCUGCCCUUAUUAAUGAACAGGUAGGCAACCCCCUCUGAGGGGCAAUAGCUACAAUUUAACAUCUAGCACAUUUUUCUUUUUGCAUCACAUUUGUGCAUUCAGUGCUCACUGUUUUCCGCUCUUUAUGGUUUUUUCAUUUUAUUUUUUUAAGGGUCAGAGUCUCCAUCAACUCCAUCAUCCUGUUGGCAAAAGGCCCUAAAUCUGGCUUCUUUAUCCAAAAUGUGAUCAGAACCAGAUUGAUUCAUGCCAGUCUGAACCGUAAAAACCGUUUUUGUCAAGUUCGACCAGGCAGGGGUGUGUCCAGGGAAUGUUCUGGGGAAACACCACCCUUGGAGUCUGAUUGGCCGCCCCAGGGUUCCACCCUACUGAGUUCUAUUUAAAUUGACUUUAAACUGUUCAUGAAAGGCUUGGGGUUGAAUCAUUUUGUGCUCCUUCACCAUAAAAAGAUUAAAUUAAAAAAAAAAACGACAAUAAUACACAUACCUCUGCUUUGACAAGUAAAGUAAAAUAAAAAUAGAUAUUUUUAAAAAACAUAAUAAUAGGUGCAGCCCAAGGGAUAAACAGGUGCACUACUUGGGCCACUCCAUUGUACACUGGACUGUGAUGGUUGUUGCUUUUUUAUAAUGUGGGCAACUGUACAAAAUUACAGAUCUCAGUAAAAUAAAAAACUUCAGAUUUGAGAAUGAAGACCUGCAACGUGAAUGUUCCAUGUUAUUGUCUCUUCAUCUCUCGUCCAUCCACAUUUUUCUGCAAAGAAAAAAUAAUCUGUACAUCCAUUGUUAACGCUUUGUUUCAUUAACAAACAAAGUGGGAAUGGACAGUACAAUCAGCUUGGAUUUAAUAAACUGACUAGGACGUUAGGACUUCACUUAAUAUUUUGAAUUUAGAUUAUGUGAGGUUUUUUUUUUUGUUAGUGAGGAUUGCCCUGUGCUUCAUACUUGCAUGAUUCUUUAAAGGUUUUCAGGGGUGUCGACACAAAUAUCUAACAGAAAUUGUGUUUAAAAUGUGAUUAAAUCACGUUAUAUUUGCUCUUUAUAAAGGACAAGGUUUAUGUGUAAAUGUAUUAACAGAGGGGUUAACAAAACAUCAGAAAGUAAAAAUAUGUAUAUAAAUACAUUUCAACUUAUUAAGUGAAAAAUUAACUCACCGUGUAACAUGAUAUAACUCAAAAUUGCACUUAAGUACUCAUAACAUUAACAUCUUGCUUGUUGCACGAUUCAUAAUAGCCCAUAAUUUAUUUAUUAGUGAAAAACCCUGACAGGUUGUUCAGUAAGACCUUAUUUGACCUGAAACCAUGACGCGGUUCACAGUUUAGCCACUAGAUGGCGACAUUGCGCCAGCCCUGAGCUGAACUUCCGAUAUGAAAGCUGCUUGAAAGUCACAAAUCAGUAGAAGAAGGAUGGUGGUGAAAGCAUAAUGAAGCCAGUCAAACACGUUUCAGCCGAGUGUUGCUGUUUUUUGUGUGUAAUGGUUACAAAGAAAAGCACACAAAGGCUGACUAGCAGAGCCUUGCUUCGUCUUGACUCGAGGCAUUUUAAGGAGAAAACUGUCUCGCAAUUACAGCCCCAGGGGGCCCGCCGCCUGCUGAGAAGGACCCCUGCUUUGACAAGUAAAUUAUGACUCUUGAUGAGAGGAGCACGCCUCUUCUCAAAAAUGCCAUCCCUGACAGCCUGGAGAAAGCGGGUGGAUACACAUACAACAACUUCCAUCAUCAUCAUCAGCAGAGCCACAUACAACAUCCAAAAACACUCGUGUGCAAUCAUCAGUCUAAUAAUUAUGGAGUGUGAGUGCCGCUCUGAAUCCAACAUGGCAGUGGUGUUUUAGUUUGUAUUUGGUCUCCCUAUUGGGGCCUGCCUUUAGAGACUAGAUGAGAGGCUGUCCUGUCAAAAUGGAUCUUGAGCUUCUUUGAUCGUCAUUUUACGGCCUUUCUCAAAAGCAUCAGAAGAAAAAUGAAGAAAAAACGUCACAAAAUUGCAGCUGAUGUAGACGUAAUUUCCAUGCACUUAGCAUAACGUUUUCACGUCCCAGACUCAAAAUCAGACGCUGUAACUUUUAAUCUUCUGCUUCAUCUUAUAAAAUUUAAAAUGUGACACAAAGUGACUGAAGACGUAUAGCAUGUGGUGACCUUUAUAUGUUAUGGUUCAGCUUAAGUGGUCAACAUGAAAUAUGUGUGACCUUUAAACACCCUCUUAACACAGUAUUACAUGUUAGAACUGCAUAACGUGUUAAAAUGACAUGUCAGCACUCGAGCAUCACCAUUUUCACGAUUCCCAGUCAAAAGGUUAUGUUUACCUGCCUUGUGUGCAGAUAACAGCCAAAAAUAUUGGACAAUUGUCAUUUUUUGAUUCUGUUAACUGAAGAAACAGAUUUAUUUUUUCUGCAGCUAACCAGGCAAUAGGAGUGGAAGAAAAUGUUCUGCAUGCAUAUGAACCUCAGAGCCACCGAUAGUAUUUCAAAAAGUGAAUGAGAACUUUAAAUGAGACAAAUUAUAUAAUAGUCUUACAGUCUGUAAAAGACACGUUUUUAAAGUUAUUUACAUAAAAUCCCUCUUACUUCAAGCAAUCUCAACAGUUUUAUUCUUGACAUUUUCAGUAACUUCCAGAAUGAGUCGUUUCGGGCCUCUGUCACAGUAAGAAAACAAGCUGGAGCUGACCACACCCACCCAUUCCCCACUCAGGCUGCUAUCAGCUAAGAAGCUCUGAUAAUCAGGAGGGACUCAGAGUAGAGCUGCUGCUCCUCCAGCCUAGAGAGAUGAAAGGGGCUUUGAUGCAAACAUCCCCAUUUAUGAUGUCACAAAAGGGGGCUUUUGAAACAGAUCGUUUUAGGCAUGUUAUCCUUAAACCAAACACUGAAAGAAAACAGAUGGGCAAGGUGUUUUUCAUGUUUGUGCUUAUAGAGGCAGUAGAAACCAACAUGACAACACAAAAUAAUUCAAAAUGGAGUUUUGCAUAUUAUGUCCUUUUUAAUAUGUUUCAAAAAUUUGAGUAUAUUCGAAGUAAAAUUAGGCUGAAAUCUGCAAAGAAUUCCUUUUAAAAAAACAUUUCAAUGCCUCUCUUAAACAUGAUUAUUCUAUGUCAUAAACAGCAAUUUCUAUCUUCAGGAUAAGAAAAGUCCCAAAAAUCAUGGAAUUUUGUGUCAUUCCAUUAAGAAGUGUUCAAAAGGCCAAAAUCUCCUCCAUAUUCGUAGGUUUCUAGCAGAAACUUUGCUUCACAUUGACAUUCUGAUGCAGAACGGUGCAAACAGUGGUUGAUGAAACCACUCUCUGGCACUCAUUUUGGUUUUAUCUGGCAUUAGUUCAGAUUAAGGCGACACUGUAACCCUAAUUUGUCUUUAUUUGGAACCUUUUAAGGUUCUGAUUGAGGCGCUUUGUGGUAAUAUGAACAGAGCCACAUUUACAUGCACCACAAUAGACGGCAACUGCCCAGUCAAUCACGUCUACACAAGCUGCACAACCAAAUUACUGUGCUGUUUUAAAACAGAAGUUAAUGGCUGGGCUGAUUUCUAUUAAGGUCUGUGUGCACUCUCAUUUGAAUAAUGGCCUUCCCUGCAAUGUUUUAUUUUUUUUUUAGUUCUUUUCAGCACUUGACCCAGGAAGGGAAUAAAUGUGAUUCCGUUUAAACGCCUCCAUUAAUAUUCAAGUGGUUUUUAGUACUCCGGGUUUAAUUUGGACUCACCGUAAUUAGCAUGGCAUGGCUUGGUAGUGUUGGUUAAUGAUAAAUCAUAUUUUGUGACAGUGCAUUUGGUGGCAGAAAAACAGGAUCAUCACAAGCACAACACAUACACACACACACACACACACACACACACAGCCUCUGUAAUAACAGAGGAAUGCACCAAAAGACAUUUUAUUGAGUGGUGCUCAAGGUUCAUAAGUGGGAAACAAUGGUUUUAAUCAAAUAUGUCUUACCUUGAAAUAUUCUGUUUAACUGUCUUCCUGAAUAGUUGACUUGACUUUUUUUUUACUUCUUUUGGGCUUGUAAUAAAAAAGAAUAAUUAAUAAUCUUGAAUAAGCCUAAAAAUGUCAGUUUCUUGUUUUUUGUCAGCAGUUUAAGCUGUUGCUAUUAAAUUAAUGUGUAAUCAGUGGUUGGCAUUGUCUUUAAAUACAUCUAAUUCCAUCCAAUCAAUCUUCUUUUUGAUAUUAAAUUACCCAUUGACUGGACAUAGAGAAUUUCCUCAUUGUGGUGGAUCAUUUUUCAAGAGACAUUGAAAUCGCUCCUCUCACAAUCACGACAAGCAGAAAUGUAAUCGGCAAGCUCAAGCUCAUGUUUGUGAGAUGGGGAAUUCCACUGGAGCUGAUCAGUGACAACGGCACACAGUUCACAUCUGCCGAGUUCCAGGAUUUUAAGAAGAAAUAUGGAUUCACCCAUACAACACCCAGUCCCCACUAUCCACAGGGCAAUGGAGCUGCUGAG